AUGCCGAUGCUUCCGCCGACUGUCAAUGCGCUCAAACGUUCCGAAAAUGAGACUUCUGAGCAGGAUGCGCCCAAGUUAGUCCGGAAUCUCUGGUGGUGGCGCGUUUUAUCGAUUUUUCGUUGAAAUGUCUAAAAAAAAACAAAUGCGUAGUUUUUGAGUUUUUAGGAGAAGCAAAGUUGUCGAAAUGGCUCAAAAAGUGACUCGCCAGAUCAUCAGCACCGCCAAUGCUCCGGGAGCCAUCGGACCGUACAGGUAGGCCUAAUAUUUGAAAAAUUGUGUGACUUAAAAACUUAAAUAUUUUCAGCAGUUUUUAGUGAAAAAAAAUGAGUAAAAUUGCAGUCAGGCGGUGCGUGCCGGAAACACAAUUUACCUGUCGGGCUCGUUGGGUCUCGACCCGAAAACGGGCGAUCUGAAGGAGGGAAUUGUCGAGCAGACGCACCAGAGUCUCAAGAACAUCGGAGAAGUGCUCAAGGCCGCCGGAGCCGACUAUGGACAUGGUAUGACCGGAAAAUUGCAUUUUUAAAACAAUCUUUAUCCUAGAAACCAAACAAAUACAAUUUUCAUGAGCUUCUCUUUAAAAAAAACCCUAUAAUUUCAGUGGUGAAAACGACGGUUCUUCUCCAAAACAUCGCCGAUUUUGCGACCGUCAACGAGGUGUACGGACAAUAUUUCAAGGCUCCGUUCCCGGCUCGCGCCGCCUAUCAGGUACUGCAUUUUUGAAAUUACAUUUAAAAAAAAACCAAAAGUGUGGAAAGGGGCGUAGCCCGAAGCCCGAAGCCAUUUGUUCAUGUAUUUCGUAAAAAAUGACCCGAAUUCUGAACGAUAUUUGUAAAACUAAUAAUGGCGCACAUUUUUGGUCUAAAAAUAGCAAAAAAAAAGACUUCAUUCGGAAAUGAAAAAGUCAAAUCGAUUUUUGAGUUGUGUGCUGAAAAUGCUCGAAUUUCGGUAAUUCCCCUAUCGUUUUUGCUGUUUUCGCUGUUUUAGAGAAACAACUCACACAAUUGAUUUCCAGGUGGCGGCUCUGCCGAAAGGAGGACUCGUCGAAAUCGAGGCGGUCGCGAUCACCGGCGAAAUCGAAGAAAUCAGUCAGAAUUAG